CAUGUGCAUUGUAGACCUAAUGCAACUUAUCUGUAGUCAGAACUCAUAGAAAGGAAUCCACUUAUAUAAAGUCUGAAUUUUGAACUUCUCUGGAGAAAGUAGUUGCCUGUGUAAUAUUCCUUUUUAAAGUUCCAGUACCCUGGCCUGUUCUUUCUGAUGUUGGUUAUUAAAGACGAACUUGGUUAACGAGUCCCCCAAACAUGGUGUUCAGCCGCUUGUGGUCUUCUGUGGAAAAACUUAGUGACAAGUUAAGAUAUCUUUGGGAAAUCCUAUGGGCUGGCACAUCUAUUGCAUUAAAAGUGACAAGUACUAACAAUGCGGGGGAGCAAGCAUGUGCAAGUGGAAAACACUCUGACCUGCAACAAGACUGGACAGUUCUUCUGAAGGAGGAGAUACAAAAUGUUCAUGAAAUGCGGGGCUCAAUGAUGGAAAGAGUACAGAAGGCAGAAGAAGAAAUAAAGCAACUGAGAUGUGAACUUUCAAGGCAAAUAAGUCUCUGUGAAAAUUGGUAUCAAGAACUGCUGAGGGAACAACAGCAAAUGAAACAACAGAGUAAUACAAAUGAAACAACUAAUAUUCCUGCAGCAACAAAGGAUCCAACUCCAGUCUCAACAAACAGGAGCCAGCAUGGAGGUGUGGUUGAUGAAAAAGAGACAACAGCUUGUGACAAGUUAAAUGUUACUAAUGAUGUAAUAACCCCCACAAGUGCAUUUACGAAUUCUGCUGAACAGAACCAGAAAAUAGGGGCAAAUAUUGACAACAUUAAUCUCUUUCCCAGCAUGGAUUGGUACAGUCAUACUGAUGGUCAGGCAUCUUUACCUUCGACUCAAAACAGAUGUAUGUCAAGACCAAGCUGUUAUGUCUCAUUACCAGCAAGUUUUCAGAUACUUAGAAGAAGUGCAAACCAUUUCAGAGUAUUUGUACCUCAUUCCCACCUUGACCUCCAGAUUGGACACAGAGUCAAAGUGUUGUUGCCAUCCAGUAGAAUUGGUAUAGGUGUGGUGCGAUUUCUAGGAUGCCUGUCUGACAGGAUAGAGGUCAUUGUAGGUGUGGACUUGGAGAGCCCAGAGUAUGGUCAACACGAUGGCAUUUAUGGUGGGAAGUGCUACUUUCACUGCAAGCCUGGUCAUGGUGUGUUUGUUCCAUUCAACAAAGUGCUGAUGGCAUGGGAGUAGAACCAAGCACGAAAACGAAAUAAAUCAAGUCUAAGAAGUGCAGCAAACCUGUCAAAACAAUGCAGCCUGGAAGAACUGCACAACAGAGACAGCAGCAUUUUGCAGAUUAAAAGAGUCAGAAAGAAAAGACUAAAAGCAGUGCUUGCUUUGUUAAAUUGUAAAUAAAUACCUCUCAACUGUCCAUAUUUUCACAGAAUGUACUGAUUUUUGAUUUAUAUUUUUCUUUUGUGUGUUUCUCAUAAAAUUAUUGGUCUUCUAAAAAAAUAUGGAGGACUGAAGUCAGCAGAUAAUGACAUACAUUGAGUUUCAGUCUCUGUAUCCUUCAGAAAAUACAUGCUAACACAAAUCCUAGUA